CCUAGCUGCAGUUUAGUCUUGCUUGUUCUACGUCAAUAAUCGAACCAAAUCACAGCUUAUCACUCUGUUCGCCAUGAAAAAUAAUCAAACGCUCGAUAGGAGCUGGCCCUUUUGACCCCGUCCGGGCAUCAUUGUGAUAUAUCGGCGCUUAUCGGCGAUUUGCAAACGAAACUGGCAUUGGUGGGAGGGUGCCAAAAAGAUAAGUUUGAUCUUGGAUUAACACAACACGCAUGGAGUUUACGGUUUUGCUGUUCGGUUCGCGGCUCUAGCAAGGCAGAAGCUUCGACACAUUUGAAGGAAACAAAUCGAAACGCCUACUGAAGCAAAUCGGGAAUGUUGAUUUCGUGAUUUCGUUGCGGGCAGCUUGUUUAAAAGGUAUUCAAUAAUGGACGAACUAAAGGACAUUCUUCGCGAGUACGUCAAGCGCAACCAGAUGCUGGAGAGCUCCAAUGAGCAACUUCGUGAAAAGUUGCUUGAACAAGAAAAGUUGCACAAAAUUUACAUCGAUGAUUUGAGCAACAUGAAGACGUGUUUGGGAGGUCUGCAGGAUGCGCUCAUGAAGUGUCGUGCAAACAUUCUCAGCCACGAGAUGAUGGACAAAUCGAGGAUCAUCGGUGGUGCACAAACAAGAAACGAUCAACGAAAUGGGACCACCAUGGAGUUGGUGUCUCUACAAGCACAGCUGGAAGUAUGUAAAACCGAUUUAGCCGAGCAACGCAACGCCUAUCAGGAGCUCUUGAUCGAGAAGAACCGAAUCACAGCCGAAAUGCAAACACUGCUGCAGAAGAAUCAUCAACUAUCGAUGGACCACGCACAAAACAGCAGAGUAAACCCAUCAUCACCUCGCCAAACCAUUCGUGCGACGAAAACGGAUGGAAUGAAGCUGUACGGCACAUCGCCGGGAGUCUUUGAACGGCAGAUCGAACCUUGCCCUCACUGUAACAACGUAUUCGGGGAUUUUCUUACGCUGGAAACGCACAUCAAAGAUUGUCCGGGACUCGACUACUAAUCGAUAUCGCGCACCGUGGUUAAUUUGAUAACACGACUGAUUUGUGUUGUAGCUGUUUUGUUUUGCUUUUGCACCUUGUUUAUCGCCUUAUCGUCGGCAAACCAAUAAACCGCUUUUGGGCUCUCUG